GAGUUCGAGAUGGCUCGGUUGGUGAGGGGUUCGAGCCGACAGAUGGCGCGAAUGACGGAUUCGGGAGAAAAGAGUCGACAGGAAAAUUACCGUUUUCUUCGUUAUGAUUAUUUCUCUCUAGAUUUUUUUGUUUCUGCCAACCUCUUUAAUUCUUGUAAUUUUUUUUUUUCACGUGACCCUCCAGCCGUUUCUCACAACAUUUUAGGCCUGUCUCCUUUUGAGAUUUCUAGUAAUUCCAAGUCCGACCUGCUUCGUUACACAUCAGUGGAAUCAAGAACCUUAAGAUUUCACGCUUCCUCGUGCUGAAAAUACGUCUUGAUUGAUUGAUCGAUCACCGCUGGAAAUAUGGAUGAUGAAAUCGUGGACGAUGGUACUAAGAAGGUUAAGGAUGAUAUCAAACCCAAAGAGGAGAGUGAGUGCCUCGACGGAGAUAAGAUUCCGAUUACCACUACCACCACGAAAAAUGCUUUGAUAACAACGCAGUUGGGUCCGUGCGAUACGUAUCCACAUCGAGUUAAAGUAUCCAUCGUGGGUACCGGAAACGUGGGAAUGGCUUGUGCGAUUGCUAUACUCAUGAGGAGAAUGGCCAGUGAAGUCUGCCUAAUCGAUAAAGACCUAAAAAAAGCCAUGGCCGAAGCCGAGGACAUACAACAUGCUGGGAUCUUUCUGGGGAAUCCUUUGGUGACCGGUGCUUCGGAUAUGUCCAUGGUCAAGGAAUCGGCUGUAGUGAUCAUCGCCAUAGCUGAUACGAAGAGCGAUGGGAAACCUGAUGUCAAGUAUAAUUUUGAAGUCUUCAAGAAACUGGUACCCACCAUUGCAAAAUUUGCCUGCAGAGCUGUCAUACUUGUGGCCACUCAUCCCAUUGACGUGAUGUCAUACAUUGCUUGGAAAUUGUCAAAAUUCCCAUCGAACCGUGUACUGGGAACUGGUACUCUGGUGGACAGUGCUCGUUUCCAAUAUUUUCUGAGUCAAAAAUUUGGAUUGGCUAACACGUCUGUGAGCUGUAUGAGCAUCGGAGCUCAGGGAGACUCGUCGGUUCCGCUUUGGUCAAGUGUUCACGUGGCCGGAAUGAAGUUGCGUGACAUAAAUCCAAGAAUGGGAGAGAAGGACGAUCCAGAAAAAUGGAAUGAAAUUAAUGCAGCCGUAAACGAAAGUGAAGCCAGACUAGAUAAACAAAAAGGUUCGAAAGCCCCAAACUGCUGGGGACUUGGGUUUUGCACGGCUGAAAUAGUCGACGCCGUAUUGAGAAAUACGAAAGUCAUCCUACCCGCGUCUACCUACAUUCACAGUUGUUCGCACGGCACGGAUAAAGACGUGUACAUGUCCGUACCGUGUGUCUUGGGAAGAGAAGGCGUGCAUCACACAGUGCGACAAAAGUUAACCGAGGCUGAAAAAACGGCAUUGCAAAGUUGUGCGGAUAACAUUCGCAAUACACUCAGAGAAUGUGGAAUACUGAAAGAGCCUAGGGAUGACGUGAAGACUUGAUCAAUGAAAAAUAGUAGACAAUUUUUAAAUCUAAACUAAAUCAUUAGAAAUUCCAAAUAUAAUUAUAAAAA